AUGGUGUCUCCACUGCACGCCAUCACGCUCGCCUCUCAUUUGCAUACGGUCGAAGGUUAUCACGUUUUGCCAAUCGCUCGGCCCAUCGAACUCAAACGCGUCGUCGACAGUCGUCCCGGGGUCGUCAGUAUGACCCGCCUCAUCCAUCCAACCCGCGGCCAAAUCGAUAUCAUAUGCAGUUCGCGCCUUAACUCCACACACCCUCUCGUCUACUGCCCAUGCUCAUUGCUCAUGAACUUCUUGACGGCGGACGGGCUGGCUGUCUCUUAUCCGGCGUGGACUUUUCGCGGGCAGAGCGUUCACACCGAUUUACUCCCUGGCUCGUCGUCGGCACAAGACUAUCAGUCAAAAGUGAUGGACUGGGGCUGGGUGACCACACCACAACCCGUGAUACAGGGUUCCGCGUUCCAUCCAAGUCAGCGAUCAUUCGAUGACGAGCACUGCUUCCGCAUGUGUUUCGGCACCCCUCAUCCCGUUCAACCACUCCCUCGAGCGGAAUCCACGAUUUGGGUAACGACAGAUGGUGACAUGCAAGACGAUGCAGAGAAUGACUUCGAUGGUCACGUCGUCCCAAGUUCUUUGUCCCUCUCUCGGCAACUUCACAGAAUGUGUUCGUCUUUGCCACCCGACACGGUCUCUGCAUACGCUAACCCUGUGCACCACCUGUCGACGAAUCGUGGAAUAUCACAGUACCUCGCGGACAUGAUACUCGGCCACCUUCCCCUCGUCGACAUGUCAAUCUUGCGGAAGGCCAAUAAAUUCUGGUACUCGGUGGUUCGCAACUUUCUUCGGCGUAAACAUCGCUCGGUUCUGCUCAUAUCCGGGUCCGAGGCGCUGGACUAUUGCCUUCACGGUACACUCAACCCUUCGUUCACUCCGACCGACCUCGACAUCUACACAAACUGCAUCUACGCCAUUCUAGUCGUGCGCCAUCUCAUGAAGCACGAGGGCUACGAGUGGAUUGCGAGCGCCGAUAGAGAGGAUGAUAAUGAGGAGGAAUGGGUGGAAGAGUACGGUGGUGCCGUGAUAUCUUGCUCAACCCUGGUCCACCGCACGGCGUUUUUCUGGGGGACUCUUGUCAUGAAUUGUUUGACGGCGGAUGGCUUCGCGAUGGCAUACCCGACCCUGAUGACGAUAGGCAGAGGUCUUGUGUCGCCGAUCAAUAUUCCAAAACCGGUGAUCGAUGAGUGCAUCGCAAAGUACGUGGGAAGGGGAUUUGAUAUAGACGUAUUCUCUCGAAAUGUGAUAUCUGCAGACAGUAUCACGUCUGGCGUCGACGACGGAGCUCCAUCAAUUACGACACUGGCGAAAAGGCACAAAAAAGACACCAUUCUGUGGAACUGCCCUAACACGUACAGAGAAUGGGGUGACGAGGGCUGUCUCGGUAUGCCCUUUGACUCGGGUCCCGAAAGGGCUCCCGAUUGGACGAACGGUGGUACCGGCUGGGUGAUGGGCGGGCACGACUGUGGAGGAGAGUGCGACUAUAAGACUACCGACCUUUCAACCCGAGGAGGUCUGUUCAGUGCGUACGCAGACACCCUCCUGUCAGCCUCAGUCGACGAUGCCUUCAACUAUAUCAGAUUGGUAUCGAAUUCUGGAGGGUCCGCUCCCGCAAGCUAUCCUUUCGCAGUGCUGGACAGUAGAACGGCGAAACCCUUGACACUUACGGUGAGGGGUGUUGUGCAGGAUUUUGCAUUAGGCGACGAAGGUGACGGCGGAAUGCAUCCAUCCGGUUUUGGUGGCUGGGAGCUGAUAGCCUUUACAAGGCUUGUCCCCGGUUACACCGCUUGGUAUGACCAAUUUCGUGCGCAAAUGCGCGGCAUCGCAAACAUCAUACAGGCUAUUUUUCUGCACCUCGGUCUCCCCCCCCCGGCCAAUACCAUCGACCUACCAACGGCUCUAGUUCUGAGGAGACGUUUGCUACCAGGAGACUUUCAUCCGGAGGUGCAAGUACGGGCGUGUGAUGGUGAGCUCUGCGCGGCUCGCGAUGGCGACUUAGACGUUGGAGAUUUGGUAGACGUUUCAGCGUGGUUCGAUAUCGCCGUGAUGAAAGGGAGCGAUGGGAUCCCUAGGACUGCGGUUUUCCUGGCGUUUGACCGCGUUGUACGGAUUAGGCGACAAACGGAAAUAGAGAUGAUGGAUCGGGUUGGGCUGUUUGAGCCUUCGCUGAUUGCUUCGAGGUUUGAUUACGUUUACGGGGAGAAUUUAGGGUGGACAGUCUUCGACUAUCUGAAUGACAUCGCCGCGACCGACGAGGAAGCACUGACAAUCGCCCGCGAGGGAAACAAGAACAGGGAGGGUGUACUGCGAUCGGGUGACAUAUGA